GAGUACACUUGCCCGAGAUGUGAAUCCGGGUUUAUCGAAGAAGUCACAGAUGACUCCAGUUUUUUAGAUGGCAGCGGCAUAGACGACAGCCCGUCCACACAGUUCGCAGAGCUUUGGGACCAUUUGGACCACACAAUGUUCUUUCCUGACUUCAGACCCUUUCUGAGUAGCAGCUCACUGGAUCAAGACAGCAGGGACAACGAGAGGGGCCACCAAGCCCACGCCGACCUCUGGGGACCAAGCCGACCCCCGCGAUUGCCCAUGACGCGGAGGUACAGAUCCCGGGGCAGCUCACGCCCCGACAGGUCUCCUGCUAUCGAAGGAAUAAUACAGCAGAUCUUUGCAGGGUUUUUUGCAAACUCAGCGAUUCCUGGCUCACAACACCCUUUUUCCUGGUGA